AUGUUAAUUGACUUGUACUCUGUUGCAGGACAGGAAGUCGAGGAAGUUGAGGAGGAACUUAGACCAGUCUACGAUGAACGGGAACUGACAGAGUUGGUGAAAUGCGUGAAAGACAUGACGACGUUGAGCAGCCUACAGGAGAGCGACUGGACGUACUACUCGGAGAUGACAGUUCGAGAGUUCUUUCUAAAUCCGCACUUCACCACCCUGAGCGUCUACUAUUUGUACAACAGGCUCAACGUCUCUCUGUCGUUUCCCAUAAUCCCGGUGUACGAGCUCACCUACUUCAUCAGGCAGCCCCAAGAGAUCCUACGAGCGGACACGUUCCGUGAUCGCGUGUUGUUCGGCUCGGUGAACGAUAAAGUGGAGCACCACGUGCUGUCGGUGGUUCAGAACGUGUUGGCGCCGAUCUUCCUUAAGAUCGAAACCUGGCCAGACAACAAGACAAAAUUCACAAGAGAUACAGCACAUCUUUCUAUCGUGAAAUCAUCAAAUUGUGAAGAUCGUCCAAUAAGAUUUUCAUAA